AUGAAAGUGAAAGUUUGUCAGAGCGACAGCAGAGCUGCAGUCGAGACAAAUCUCUGUGUUUCUGUCUGAAAUUAAACUGAGUUCAUCAGGAUAUUCUCAACAACGGCUCAAAUACUGUGUGUGGACAUGUCUGCAGCCAGCGGUCUGCGAUCUGAAGACCAGUUCCUGUGCUCCAUCUGUCUGGAUGUGUUCACUGAUCCAGUCACCAUACCAUGUGGACACAACUUCUGCAAACACUGCAUCACUCAGCAGUGGGACAUGAAUGUCCCGUCCCAGUGUCCCAUGUGUAAAGAGGUUUUCCACAUAAAACCAGAGCUGAGGGUCAAUACUUUCAUCUCUGAGAUGGUGGCUCAGUUCAGACAGGAAGCUCAACAGGAAGCCAGCAGCAGCAGCUCAGAGCAACAAGUUUCCAAACCAGGAGAAGUUCCCUGUGACGUCUGCACUGGAACCAAACUGAAGGCCCUGAAGUCCUGCCUGGUGUGUCUGACCUCCUACUGUGAGACUCACCUGGAGCCUCAUCUGACAAAUUCACGUCUGAAAAGACAUCAGCUGAUGGACCCUGUGGACAACCUGGAAGACAGAAUGUGUAGGAAGCACGACAAACCUCUGGAGCUGUUCUGUAAGACCGACCAGACAUGUGUCUGCAUUCUCUGCUCUGUGUUAGACCACAAGACACAUGAGUUUGUUCCUGUGAAAGAAGAAUAUGAAGGAAAGAAGGCAGAGCUGGGGAAGACAGAGGCUGAGAUUCAGCAGAUGAUCCAGGAGAGACGACUGAAGAUUCAGGACAUCAAAGACUCAGUCAGGAUCAGUAAAGAUGCUGCAGACAGAGAGAAAGCAGAAGGUGUUCAGGUCUUCACUGAUCUGAAGGAGUCUGUUGACAGAGGCCUGAACGAGCUCAUUGAAGAGAUGGAAGAGAAACAGAAAAGCACAGAGAAACAGGCUGAAGGCUUCAUCACAGAGCUGGAACAGGAAAUCUGGGAGCUGAAGAAGAGAAGCUCUGAGGUGGAGCAGCUCUCACUCUCUGAAGACCACCUCCACCUCCUCCAAAACUUCACAUCCCUGAAAGCUGCUCCACCCACCAAGGACUGGACAGAGGUCAGAGUCCGUCCACCAUCAUAUGAGGGGACUGUGGUGAAAGCUGUGGUUCAGCUGGAGGAGACACUCAGUCAAGACAUGAAGAAGCUGUUUGCUGAGGCUGAGCUGAAGAGGGUCCAGCAGUAUGCAGUGGAUGUGACUCUUGAUCCUGAUACAGCUCAUCCUCAUCUCAUCCUGUCUGAUGAUGGGAAACAAGUAAAUGAUGGUGAUGUGAGGAAGAAGCUCCCAGACAACCCACAGAGGUUUGAUCAUUGUACCAAUGUCUUAGGAAAGCAGAGUUUCUCUUCAGGCAGAUUUUACUUUGAGGUUCAGGUUAAAGGGAAGACAGCGUGGACUUUAGGAGUGGCCAGAGAGUCGAUCAACAGGAAGGGAAACAUCACACUAACUCCUAAAGAUGGUUACUGGACUAUAAUUUUGAGAAACAGAAAUGAGUAUGAAGCUUGUGCUGACUCCCCAGUCCGUCUGUCCCUGAAGUCUCAGCCUGAGAAUGUGGGGGUGUUUGUGGAUUAUGAGGAGGGUCUGGUCUCCUUUUAUGACGUAGAUGCUGCAGCUCUUAUCUUCUCCUUUACUGGCUUCUCCUUCACUGAGAAACUCUACCCAUUCUUCUGUCCCUAUCCCAAUGAUGGUGGUAAAAACUCCGCCCCUCUGAUCAUCUGUCCUGUCAAUCAAACUGCCUGAUCUUUGUUCUGAUGUUCACAUUCAGUGGUAAUGUUGAAUGUAAACCUGUUUGAAUUUGAUAAGAACUGAAGCAGCCAUGUGAUUAUUGCUCAUUAUAUCAUUAUUUUUACUUUAUGUUGGAUUUGAACCCUUCACCUCCCAUGAUCCAUCAGCCUCUUCAGUCCUGUGACACCCAGUGAUGGAUCCAUGAGGACAAACUCUGUUCAGACCCACAACACUUUAAAAUGUCAUGUACAUGUCAGAGUUUGCAGACGUGUUUGUCAGACUGAGUUCUUCCUCUGAUGUGAUGACGCAGCCAUAAAAGUCUUGGUGUCCUGAGCUUGGAUAUUUGACUCAGAGUGUCACAAAGCUCGAGUCAGAACAUGGACAUAAAGUUCACAGGCUGAGUCACUGGUAUAAAGGAUGUAAAGAUUUCAGUGUUGAGUCUUUUUAAAUGGAACAUCAGAGAAAAUGAUCAGGGUUGAAGAGGUUUGACAGUCAAAUGUAAUGUAAGUGUUUGUAAGAAUCAGUGAGAGACAACUGCAAAUCAACAGCAGCGUGGCACAUUUGAAUGACUGUGUAAUGUCUGAUGAUUGUACGAGUAAAAAUGUUUGAAUCGGUUCUUUAAGAGCAGAUGAUGAAUAAAGCAGAGGCUGAAAACCUGUUUCUCACAUUAAAAAUGGGACGAAAAUAAAACAAACAAACAAACAAACAGGGAUGAAUUGAUGAUUGCAGAGGCAAUGAAAUGAACAUAAAUACAAACAAGCUGAUGAAUAUAUUUACUAUUAAGAUGAACAUCAAUAAACUUCCUCUUUGUUCAUUUAUAUUCAUCUCAGGAUUAAUUUUUCUUUUAAAAAGAACAUUUAAAAUCAGCUGGAUUUAAUUUAAUUUGACUUAUAAAUAAAAUUGUGUUUUUCUU